AUGUGUCUUCUUUCUUUCUUUCUUUCUUUCUUUAUUUCUUUUCUUUUCUUUUCUUUUCUUUCUUUCUUUCUUUCUUUCUUUUUUCUUUCUUUCGUCCUCUUUAUUUUCCUUUCUUCCCCUUUUAUUUCCUCUUUUCUUUCCUCCUCCUUAUUUUUUUUCUUUUCUUUCUUCCUUUUUUCUUCUUUCCUUUCCUUCUUUCCUCCACUUUCCUUUCCUUCUUUCUUUCUUUUUUCUUCCUCCAUUCUUUCUUCCUCUUUUCAUUCACCCUUUCUUGCAUCCUACAUUCUUUUCUUUCUUCCUUUUUUUAUUUCCACCUUUCUUUUCCCUUACCUUUUUUCCGCUUUUCUACUCCCUUUCUUUCCAACUUUCUUUCCUUCUUUCAUUUCACAUGUCUUCCCUCCUCUUUUCUUUCUGGGUGUUCUUCGUUAUUCUCAAUCCCUUCUUUUUUUUUUUUUUUUUUCAGAAAUAGCUUCUUGCUCUAUUUCAUCUUUUAUUUCUUCUUCGUUUUCUCAUUUGACUCCAUACGUCAUUUCUCUCUUCUUCAUUCUCGAACGUUCAUUUUUCUUCAUUCUUUCUCUCUUUUUUCUGUUAUUAUUUCAUUUACUCUUUUUUCUUCUAAAAUCUCCCAUUCCUCAAAUUUUGUCACUGUCUAACCCCUUCUUUCCUUUUGUUUGCCGAUUUCUAUAA